AUGUGCCGGGCCACGUGCAUCCCCGGCGCGGCCGACCCUGCCGACGUCGACCCCGAGGCCUGGAGCUGCAGGGAGCUCGGCGAGCGCUCCGGGGGCAGGCCGGUCGGGCCGGAGGAGUGCCGCGGCGCCCACGACAACUGCAUGGCCUCGAGGUGCUGCAAGGACCCCCGAGACCCCGGCUUUGCCUGCUUCACCAAGAACGACACAUUCGCGAGGUGCAUGCCGGAGUGCGCCCCCGGGCCCCAGUACUUCGACCUGGACAACGGCGACCCGUGGAGUUGCCACCAGGUCGGGGCCGCGGCGCUGUCUACCGUCGGCAACUGGACGGAGACGAACUGCUCUGGCGACGCGGACGACUGCCGCGAGAGCAGGUGCUGCGCCACCAGCGGCCUCCAGUGCUACGAGGUGGGCGGCAAGUCGGCCCGGUGCUUUGCGAGCUGCCCUCAGGAGGGCGGCAGCCCGUGCACGGAGCUGGGCUACCGGACCCCGCCGCCCCCCACGGAGCUACCCAGCGGGCCCCUCGGCGGGAGGGUCGGUCGGUGGGUCAAGGACUCGUGCUCCAAGGACGGCGAAGACUGCAGCGGCACCUCGUGCUGUGUCAGCGGGGGGAUGCAGUGCUACGAGAAGGACAGCGCUCACGCGACCUGUGCGGACGAGUGCCAUGCGAACAGCACCUGGAGUUGCAAGAAACUUGGCACCCGAAGCUGGGGUCUUGCAGUCGUAGGCUAUCCUUCGCUAUUCUGCGUCACAUUCCUCAGGGUGGACUCCUACGAGCCUGCCUUGGUGGAGUAUCAGUGGAAGAAGAGCGCUGGCAUUUUUUCGUGCGACAACUUCAGCAUCUUCGCCGACCGCGUGACCACCAUCGCUGGCAGGGAGACCCUCGAGACUCCCAGCAUGGAGGUCGAGGUGACCCGGGACGGCACCGCGGGGAACGCGGGGAUCUUCAUGCGGGCGUGGGAGAUGCUCUUCACGGAGGGCUCCCUCUGGGACCACGACUGGACAGUGAAGGCAGACCCCGACGCCGUCCUCCUGCCCGACCGGCUGCGGCGGAGGCUGGAGCCGCUCACCGAUCACCCGGCAUAA